AUGCUGCGCGGCUGCCUUCCCAGUCCGCUGGCCCUGCCGUCGUCGGCUGUCAGCUGGAUUCGACAGCGCGUGGUCGGCGUGCGACUGCUCACCGACGCAGAAGUGGAGCCCAGUCGCAGAGAAUUGCACAUCACCAGCGGCUACCUGCCGUCCGGCUCCUAUUUGCUCUGCCUGCAGGCGCUCGUCCUGCCCACCAACGAGCUCUUCAACACCUGGAGCUCGCUGCUAGCCACGCUCGUCCACACCUGGCGGCUGUGGUUGUCCACAGCGGACGUGCCCGCCGCGGCCUACGUCCAGCCGUACCAGCUGUGCCUGCUGGCGGCGGCCGUGUCGGCGCUGACCUCUGCUCUAGCACAUGGCCUGUACCCCGCCUCUCGACGAGCCAAUCACCUCUUCUUCUGCCUCGACUACGUCGGCCUCGGCCUGUACGGGCUGGCCGUGACGUUAGCGUACCAGGCGUACGGCAGUAGCGCACCGUGGUCGCCGUUCCUGCCGGGCACAGCUGUGCUGGCUGUGCUCGGCAGCGCCGCCGCCUGCGCCUCGCGACUCACGUGCCGCAGGCGCCACGCUCCGCUGCUGCGCGCGCUCAGCCUGACCGCGCCGUACCUCAGCUCGCACGUGGUGUGCUCGGUCGUCGCGGCGGCGGCGUACGUCACACGCUGGCCAGAGUGUCGCUGGCCCGGUCGGCACGACGUGUUGGGCCACUCGCACGGCUGGUUUCACGUGUUCGGCCAGCUGGCCGUCGUCUGUCAGGUGGCCGCGGCACAAGCCGAGAUGGCACUGUCCGCCGGCGAGCCACCCGCGCAGCUGCGCUGGUGGGUCCAGACCGGCUUCGGUUGGACGGCGGCGCUGAUGCUGGCGGUGGCCCCAGGCUGA